CAUUCAAUGAGAAACACAUUUUCAAAACACAAUUCAAUGUGAGUUUACUCUUCAGUUAUCACACCAUUCAUCUGAUCCGCAGAUAAUCGCAAGACAUGGACGACGACAUGGACUCAUCGAUGGCUGAAUGGCUCGACUUAACCACUGAUGACAUUCACUUCGAGGAUAACUAUUGCUGCGAAGAGGAGGGCAUCUUCUGGGGUGUGGUGACCGACGCUGAGCGCCAGUAUCGCGACAAAUGGCGGCAACAGAUCAUCACUGAUGGCGAUCACAACAUCACCGCCGAUGACGGCGCCAUCAACUUAUCCCUCGACAUGACGUCAAUGACUGCCCGCAUGUCUGACGACAACAACUACUCGUUGAUAGUGUCGCCGAUGGGCUCGCAGUCCACUAACGCCUGUAUCGUUGAUAUCGGUUCCCAUGAGUUGAUGGUCACCGACGCUGUCGAUGACUACCCGUCCGACCACUCGAUGAUAUCCACGGAUCCCGCGUUCCUAUUGGCCACGAGCGCCGGUCACGUGUCGAUCAAUGAUAACUCGCUGUUUGUGUCGUCCAUUGGCACCCAAUCGAGCGCUGGAAGCGUUGCCGAGACUCCCGUCAAAGACGUGAUGGACGUAAUAGCCGCCGAUGUCGAGUCGAUAGGCUCGCAGUCGUUCGUUGGAUCCGUUUAUGAGACUUCUGUCAAAGAAGUAGAUGUCGUGAACGCGACUAAUGUCUCAUCCGUGGCCUCCAAGUCAUUCGCGGGAACUGUUUGUGAGACACCUUUUAAAGGCAUGAAUGUCACGGAACUACUCUCAAAGACUAUCACCGGAUCUGCUUCCGAGACACCCUUUAAAGGCAUGGAUGUCACGGCACUGCUCUCGAAGACUAUCACCGAAACUGCUUCUGAGACACCCUUUAAAAGCAUGGAUGUCACAGCACUGCUCUCUAAGACUAUCACCGGAUCUGCUUCUGAGACACCCUUUAAAGGCAUGGAUGUCACAGCACUGCUCUCGAAGACUAUCGCUGAGAGUGUUUGUGAGACUCCGGCCAAAGAAGUGGAAGCCAUGACAGACGAUAUCUCAUCAAUGGCUUCGCAACCAAUCGCUGGAAGUGUUUACGAGACGUACGCCAAAGAAGCAGAUGUGAUGAACGCGACUAAUGUCUCAUCAAUGGUCUCACAGUUCUUUGAAAGCGUUUCCAAGACUCCCGUUAAACACCACGAAGUGAUAGCAACCAAUGUCUCGACUAUCGUCUCCCAGUCUUUUGCUGGAACUGCUUCUGAGACAACCGCCGAAGAAGUGGACAUAACUACAGAUAAUGUCUCAGCGAUGGGCUCGCAGUCUGUGUUCGUGUCGGACACACCUCUCAAAGACGUGGAGAUAAUUGCCGACAAUGUGUCAACACUUGCCUCGCAAUCCUUCGCCAUUGGAAGUGUUUACGAGACGUCUGCUCAAGAAGUCGAUGACCUGAACGCGUCUAAUGUCUCGUCGAUGGUCUCGCAGUCAUUUGAAUAUAUCUCUGGAACUGCUGCCCAAGAAUCUGAAGCAAUGACGCCCAAUGUCUCGGCCAUAGCCUCUCAUUCAUACGCCAAACCUAUUGCCAAAACUGCCGCCAAAGAAGUGGAAGCGACUGAUGUCUCAACCAUAGGCUUACAGUCGUUCUUUGGAAGCGUUUCUGAAACACCCGCCAAACAAGUGGAUGACAUGAACGACAGCAAUAUCUCAUCGAUGAUCUCGCAGUCAUUCUUCGAGUGCAGAGCUAAGACUCCGAGCAAAGUGAUUGACGUAAUGACAGAUAAUAUCUCAUCGAUGGUCUACGAGUCUAUCGCAGAGAUUAAAGCCAUGACUCCCAUCGCAGACGUGAGCGACACUAAUACCUCAUCCAUGGCCUCGAAGUCUGUUUCCGAGACACCCGUCAAAGCAAUGAAUGUCUCGGCGACGGCCUCGAAGUCUACCGCUGGAAGUGCUUCCGAAACUCUAUCCGAAGUAGAGUCGGAGUCGGACAACACCUCAUUCGUAGUGCCGGCCUCUGUGUUUGGAAGCGCUUCGGACUCAUCCAUGAAAGCCGCGGACACCAUGAAUACCACGGCUGAGACAUCGGUGUUCUCGAAGCUGAUCGCCGGCUGUUUCAUGGAUACGCCCGUCAAAGAAGCGGACAACACGUCCACCGAUGUCUCGUCGAUGGCCUCGCAGUCGUUCAAUGGAUGCGAUGCGGAGUUCACUCGUGAGGACGUGGAGGAAAUGACAGCACAUGUCUCAGCCAUGGCCUCGAAGUCGUUCGCUGGAAGUGUCGCCGAGACGUCGACCCAAGAAGUGGACCAAAUGGGAGCCGAUGUCUCAGCGAUAACCUCGAAGUCGUUCGAUGGAAGCGUUGCCGAGACUUCCACUCAAGACAUGAAUACUAUUCCCGAAGAGGACGAGGACAUGGAGGUCGAGGUGAACGCCGAGGACUUGCUGUCAUCGUUUGCGUUCAAGAGUUCCGCCACUCGUGAGGAGGAGUCGUACGUCAAGACCAGCGCUUCCGUGAAGUUCAACACAUCGGUGCGCGUGAGGACUACCACCGAAGGCCAAGGAUCUCUAGACAGGGAGACGCCUAUGAAGUGCGGCGACAGUACCACCGGUUCCAUCAGUCGCGUACAGACGCCAUACAAAUCACACACGAGUCUCGCCGACAGCACUUCCAUCGACACUCCCAUCGGUCUCAACAGGACGUCACUCAACGACACCGCCGAUGACUACAACACUCCACUCAAAGACAUAAAUCAGUCCAUGAGAUUCGAUACGCCAUUAACGGAGGACAUGGAGGCCAUGGAAGGGGUGGUCGAAGUGAACGCCCAGGACUUGCUCUCGCGGUUCGAAACCAUGGGCUCAUCCACUCGUGAGUUAUCGCUGACGAAGACUACCACUUCCUCGAGAGGUAACACUUCGGUGAAGUUCAACACAUCAGUACGCGUCAGGACUACCACUGACGAGACGGCGCCUAUAGAUAGGGAAACCCCUAUGAAACCGGAGAACAGUACCACCGGUUCCAUCAUUAGAGUCCAGACGCCACUCAAACCACCCGUGACUCCGCUCAUGGAUCAGUCUCUCGGUGACAGCGCCUCCGAGACUCCGCUCAUCGAUAAGAGUCGUAUGGAUGGCGACGACACGAACACCACACCAUUCAAAGGCAACGCCCGUUCCCUACGAAUGGAUACACCAGUGAAUGAGGACAUGGAUGUCGAGGAAAUGGCCGAUGAAGUGAUCAACAAGACUGCCGUCGACGACAAGACACCACUGAAAAGCACUAACCAUUCAGUGAUCACUGAAACGCCGCUUAAGGAGGACAGGGAUCCGCUGGAAGUGACGGGUCUCGAAGUGAAUGCACAGGACUUGCUGUCGCCGUUCGAUAUUAACAAAACGAUGGGAAUGGGAGCCCAGGAAGUGGACGUUCCCAUCACGCAGUCGCUGAUUGGUCUGAACUGCUCGACCACUGGCCGCCCGUUGACUCAAUCGACACCGCAGUUCAAGUCGAGAAUACCUAAGCCUAAGGCCAGUACUCGGGUGUCGACCCCGCGAUACCUGUCCGCCAAGAAGUCCGUUACUAAGCCUGUGAGUGUCAGCGAGCGUAGCCGUCGAUCGUCACAGUCGGCUACCGGUGCCGCCGGUAACGACACCUUCGUUGACGGCGCCGCGGAGACAUCCAUGAGCUCAAUGGCCGGCCGUACGUCUCGACACGAGACGUCAUUUGGUUUGCAGUCCAUCGCCGAGAGUCCCGCCAAAGAGGUGGACAGUCCUGUCAAAGGGACAGACACUCCAAUCAGACGUCAGUCCACUUUCACGAAACUCGAUGCCUCCCAACACCUGACGCCUAUCAUAGAGUCGCCGGCAGUGGUGGUGACGGCGGCGGCCAUGGAGUCCACAGCUCACGAGGAACUGGAUGCCGACGCUAUGACCCCAGUGGUGGGCAUCGAGUCCACCGCUCGUGAGGAACUGUAUGUCAACACUAAGACUCCAUUCAGAGGCAACACUUCGGUUAAGUUCAAUACAUCCGUACGCGUGAGGACUACCACCAAAGGCAUGGCACCGGUAGACAGGGAAACGCCUAUGAAGUGCGACGAUUCGAUUGGUGGCGCGAACACCAGUGCCAUCGCCAGAGCGCAGACACCUCUCAAACCCAUGACUCCAGUCGUGAAUAAGACACUCGAAGUGAACGCUUCCGUCACACCGGCGCUCAAUAAGAGUCGUAUGGAUACUGAGGGCAAUGGCACGCCAUUCAAAGGCAACACCCGUUCCCUACGAAUGGAUACACCAGCGAAUGAGGACAUGGAUGUCGAGGAACUGGUGUGCAAUGAGACGACGACGCCGGGAGUCAGAGCUAACGCGUCGGUGAAGUUCAACACAUCGGUGCUCGUGAGGACUACGGGUAAAGGGAUGGCACCGGUAGACAAGGAGACGCCUAUUAAGUGCGACGACUCGGUGGUGGCCAACAGUACCAUCGGUUCCCGAGCGCAGACACCGCUCAAAGACAUGACUCCACUCAUCAAUAGGACUGUCGAUGAUAGCGGCGCCGACACUCCAGUGGCCGACAGGACUGUCACCGAAACGCCAGUUAAGGAGGACAUGGAUGUCACGGGAAUGUCGGACAAAGUGGUCGAAGUGAACGCUAAGGACCUGUUAUCGCCGUUUGGGUUCAUUAGGUCGGCGCGAGACGCGCCGGUAGGCGACGUACCCAUCACUAUGUCGCUCGUGGACCUCAACACUACUACCCGUCCAUUAAGGCAGUCGACGCCGCGAUUGCCGUCCAAGACGUGCAAACCUAAGGCCUCGACCCUCAGCGCCCGACCCCUCAGAGGCCUGGGAUCACCCGCCCGGCCAUUGAGCGCCCGUAAGAGUCCACGACUGUCCACAUUGAUGACGACGUCCCGCAACGACUCGGGCAGCGACUCGACCCUCGACUUCAUACUCAAUGAAAUCAAAUGCAAUGAUAGCGACGAUAAUUGCGAGUCGUUUCUCAUGAAUGACAAACAGUUGGUGUGA